AUGACCAAACAUUGCAAUGUUCAACAUUGGUGGGAAUUAUUUCUCAUGUUCAUAUGGAAAAUCUGGAGCAUAAGGAAUUUGUGGACUUUUGAAGGUGUGAGAGCUGAUUUGAUGAUAGCUUGCUCCAAAACUCUCAGCCUAUUAGGCGAAUUUGAAGCAGCUCAAACCAGAGAAAGUGGCCCUUUAACAGCAAGUGAUGCUCCCUCUGAACAGUCUUGGAUACCACCUGUUCCAGGUAUCUUCAAGCUAAAUAUUGACGCGGCUGUGAGCAAAGAUGGAAAGGUGGCUCUUGGUAUGGUUGUACGUGAUCAGUGGGGUGAUGUUCUAAUGUCAGGCAGCAAGCCCCUAGCAAGGCAAUGUAGUGUUAUUGAGGCCGAAGCUGAAGCUGCUCUGUUUGGGGUAAGCUAUGCGUAUGAUGCAGGUUUCAGAAAGCUGGAAAUUACGACAGAUUGUCUUCCCUUAUUAAAGCUCCUUGAAUCACAAUCACAGGAAAGAUCCCCCGUGCAGAUGAUCGUUUUUGACACUCUUGAUGUUAUUAGCAAGCUUGAUUCUCAUGUUUUUUCUUUCUUUCCUAGAUGUUGUAAUAAGGUUGCUGACUCCAUUGCAAAACUCUCUCUAUCUUAUAUUGAGGAGAGAAUUUGGAUGGAGGACUGUGAGUUCUCUGUUCUUCCCCUUGUACUAGCUGACAAGGUGAACUCUUGUCAAACUUAA